GAAAAAUAAAAUACAUGAAGAUAAAAAUAUAGAAAGUCAAGUUCUGAAAGGAAAAGAUAGAAAACAAUUUUGACAGCAGUUUGAGUUGCCAUUGGUUCCCAUGGCAGCGGGUGAUGAUAACACACACAGGACGCCAUCUAGCGGUGGCUGAGAGUCACUGAAUAAUACAGCUCAAUGAGCUCACAACUCCUCAGGCGAUAGUGGAUUCAGGAUUGAUAUCCCUUAUGAGCGGACUUUAAAGAAGACACAUUAAACACUGCAACAUGGAUGCAACUUAUUAGCAGUCUUCCCCAGGGUUUGAAACCUGCUGUCAGGACUCUUGUGUCAUGUGGAAAUAUUACAAAAAUGGACUUGUACCGAAAAGAAACAAGCAGAAAUCGGAGAAUGAAGCUGUCAGCCUCCCUCCCAUUUCUAAUGGGAUUCCCGCAAAGUCAGCAGCAGGCCUACUGGAUCACCGUACCAGAGGCCAAGCCACGGCCCAAAGGCUCCAGGAGCUCUUCUUCUUCUCUCAGGGCCUGAGGGACCACGGGCCCCCGGACAGAGCCGUCAGGAAGAAGAAAAACAUUUUAGGCCACCAGAGCGUUCCUUUAUCUAGAGUGAGUGUGGAAACAGAGCUGGAAAUCGCUGCUCACCUUAAAUAUCAUUUGCAUCAGCGUCAUUUGAAGAGAACCACUCAGAAUUUGUCUCUUGAGGAGAAAGAAGCUGCUGUGUUUCAGCAAACAAAAACUACUGCGUUCAAGGACCAGGUUUCGUCAAACGGUCCUCCUGACCUCCUGCAGAGCCUUGUGCCACUAGACGAAAAAGUGAAGGAAGAAAAAGAACACUACAAGGAAAAAAAAGAAGCAACAGUAAAUGUUCAAAAUGCAUCUUCAUGUACGGACGAGGCCCCGGAGGGCCAGGGCUCUCUGUCUGAGGGACCGUUUAAAGCUGCAGAUGUCGAUUACAAACAAAGAUCAGAUGCAAGAGAUCCAAAACCGCAGCAUCAUUCUACUCCAAACACCCUACAUGAUGAUAAUAUUUCAUCAUUACAUUUUAAACAUAGGAGAUUCAUGAUCUAUCUGUGUGGUGGAUAUAAAGAUACAGUCCCAGAGCGCAGUGCACUGAUGGAGAGUGUGUAUCCCCGGCUGUAUCUACACUGCAAGCAGAGAGGAUAUGAUUUCAGGAUGAUAGACCUGCGUUCAGGAGCCGGAGAUCCUGUUUCGGACAGUCACGAUUUGGCAGAGAUGCACAUCGAGACACUUAGAUGUUGUCAGGAGACUGAGGGGCCAACUUUUAUUGUGUUCACCGGACAAAAGCACGAGAUACGGUCACUGCCGAAUACCGUUGCCCAAGCAGAUUUUGAAGCUAUUUUAAAAUUUGUGGAGAGAAGCAAGAAGAAGCUGUCCAGGAGGCAGUCAGACAUGGCAGACGAGUCCCAGCUCAGUAUUGACACCGGCGACAGCGGGAGUUUUACCCUGGAGAAGGAGCCUUCGCAAAGCUCUGCCGCCUUGAGCGAGAACUCCAUCUCCAGCACUUCCACGUCAGAAGGAGACGAGAUACAGCUGGCCAGGAGCUGGAUGGACUACGACCAGGACUUGACUCUCUUGCAGACAUGGUAUAAGCUGGAUAAAAACACAAUUCCCGCCGUUUACCGUUUACUUACGGUUAGCACACAUCACCCUGACUACCUCAGUCGGGAUGGGCAUCGCAGGAAACUGGGAAGGAAGGCGUGGCGCUCUUCCUGUGUGAAGCUGUGGAACGUCCUGUGGAGAUCUGGCCCCGAGGCCAUCGGAGAAGAAGCCACCUGCCAUCUGCUUAAAACAGGCAUGGGUUUUUCAGUCGCAAAGAAGCUUGUGUCAAUCACAGACGUAGAAUAUAUGAGCACUUGACUUACUUGGACGCCUUGUUAAAUCACAAAGCCCAAAUGUGUAUGUUUUAGUGUUGGACUGGGAAGUGGAACAGGGUCUUGGAGGAAAGCAGCCUCCAGAGGAGUACAGUCACUGCUAUAAGAGGAUCAUCACUGACCUGCUGUACAAUCUGAAAAAUGAAUACGCACCACAGUUUAUAGACUUGCACAAAGGAAGAUCUGAAAUCAAUCAAACGUUGCAUCAAGCUCAGCAGCGCUUUAUACGCAACAUUCACCUCAAGCUGAGACACACUAACAUCCAUGAGACAAACGUCAGCUGGGGAAGGAAGGGUCUGAGUGCCAAACACAACAGAUCUCAUCAGUUUUAUGUGGAACGGCUCUGCUCACACGUCCAGCGCACGGUCACUGCAUCC